ACAAAUUGGGAGCUUUGGUUUUCAGCUGCGGGUGUGUGAGUGCGUGUGUCCCAAACAAUAAUUAUUGCGUUUGCUUCAUACAUCCUCAUUACCGCGAGUGUGUUUCGUGAUACGUGUGUAGAGCAAGUGUGUGAGUGUGUAUAUUUUUUGCAUUCACACCUGGUGAAAUCUAUUGAAGUGUAUGUGAAAAAAGCGUUUGCUCCGAUAACGAAAAGUUUGUGAUAUUGCAAAGCUUCUGAUAUUGAUUUCGUGCAAGGGAAAAGUAAUCAACGCUUGGCGAGGCAAAACGAAACGUCAAGGUUUGGUAUUUGCGUGGGUUCCAAAAAAUAAUUGUCGCGUUUGCUUCAUACAUCGUCAUUACCGCGUGCGUGUUUUGUGAUGUGUAGUGCAAGUGUGUGAGUGUAUGUUAUUGUUCUUGUUUGGAUCCAACGUCUUAUAGAGACUUUGAUUCCAAAGCAAUUCUUUGGUCUCUUAUUGUAUGAGUGUGUGUAUUUUUUGCAUUCGCAUCUGGUGAAAUUUAUUGGAGAGUCGUUGUGUGAAAAUAGCGUUUGCUUCGAUAACAAAAGUUUGUGAUAUCGCAAAGCUUCGAUUAUUUAUUACAUGCAAGGGAAGAGCGAGCAACGCAUGUAGAGGCAAAGCGAAACGACAACUUUGGUAUGAAAAAAAAAUAGCAAAAAUCAAUGAAUGGAUUACCGUACACAAAACCGGCAGGAGAAAUAAUGCAAGAAGUGAAACAACUACAGCUUUCUUUGCCAUUGUAUGUGUGUUUGGGGGUAUAUGUGUUUUGAAGUGAUUCAAAGCUUAAACGCCAUUUAACCAGCAACAAUAAAUAAGGAUCAAGCAGUUAUGUAGACUAAUUUCCAUAUGCCCUUAUAACGUACGAAGAUGAGUUAACGGCAAGUUAAACAUGAUACCGGGUGUGGGCGAAGUGCCACGUGUGCGGUUAUUUGCACUUCUCCUCCUAGCGCUGGUGGAAGUAGUAGCGUGCGCUCUAGGCGACACCGCUCCAAACGUCAGCACCAGUGAUGAUGAUGUUUAUGGAACAAUAAAUAACAAUGACGUUAAAAGGAUACUACAAGAUCUGCAUCGCCAUGAGCGUUCCAUAUCAGCGCGGACAUCAUCGUACAGCUUUCAUUUUGCCCACGCAGUGUAUAAUGUGUCGAUACCGGAGAACAGCGUCAUUAAGACUUACGCGGUCCAACCACCGAAUGAAUCGCGUAUGGGACUGCACGUGACGCCUGAUCUUGAAGUCCGCUACAAGAUCGUAGCUGGCGAUAAGGAUCGGUUUUUUAAGGCAGAGGAGCGCUUGGUUGGUGACUUCGCCUUCCUAGCUAUCCGGCUGCGCACGAACAACAUCGUGUUAAACCGGGAGAAAGGUGAUAGUUAUCGGUUGGAAGUGAAAGCAACAGGUAUGCGCCGCGAAGGUAAGAGUCGUACGACCCUAGAAGCAGACACAAUAAUCGAUGUGCGAGUCCUGGAUACAAACGAUUUGAGCCCACUGUUCUACCCAACCGAGUAUUCGGUAGCGAUUACGGAAGAUACUCCACUGCACAAGAGCAUCUUGCACGUGGUGGCUGAGGAUGCAGAUCUGGGGUUGAAUGGUGAGAUCUACUACAGCAUCCUGGAUGAAACAGAACAGUUUGCAGUACAUCCGACAACGGGUGUGAUCACACUAACCCGGCCACUAAGAUUCGCUGAGCGGGCGUUGCAUGAACUGACGGUAUUGGCAAAUGAUCGGGGCAUUGGAUCGACCGGCCGUAAUCAAGCGAGCAAAGCACGCGUUAAGAUAAAAGUUCUACAGGUUAAUCUCUUCGCACCGGAUAUUUAUGUUCAAGCAUUACCAGAUAUAUUGGAGAAUUCUAACACAAACAUUUUCGGUAUCGUGCGAGUAACGGACAAAGAUAAGGGUAUACAUGGACAGAUCAAGAGUCUGGACAUCGUGGACGGUGAUCCCGAUGGCCAUUUCCGUAUCAAACCAACUGAUCGUCCGGGAGAAUACGUGAUAGAGGUACACAGACUACUGGACCGCGAAACAGCACCGACGGGUUACAACUUAACGCUUCGUGCUGUAGAUCGUGGUAUACCACCGAAACAGAGCUACAUCGUAACACCGGUUCGGUUGGCAGAUAUCAACGACAAUGCGCCCGUAUUUAACAGAGAAAUAUACGAGGUGUCCGUUCCGGAAACAUCGCCCCCAAACACCCCCGUCAUACGAUUGAAAGUGACAGAUCGAGAUGAAGGAAAGAACGCAAAGGUGUUUCUGGAGAUCGUUGGCGGUAAUGAGGGUAGUGAGUUUCGAGUAAACCCUGAAACGGGUAUGCUUUACACGGCGGUACCACUUGAUGCGGAACUGAAAGCGUUCUACACGCUUACCGUAUCUGCUAUCGAUCAGGGUAAUCCAGGCACUCGCAAACAAUCAUCAGCGAAGGUGAAAAUCAAUGUCCAGGAUACAAACGAUAACGAUCCAAUUUUCGAAACCCCCAACCUGACUAUCUAUGUGGACGAAAACGAACCUGCGGGCACGUCAGUGACGAAGGUUACGGCAAGAGAUAAAGACCUUGGCGAGAAUUCGUAUAUUUCGUAUAGCAUAGCGAAUCUAAAUGAUGUUCCAUUCGAUAUCGAUCAUUUCUCGGGAACGGUGCGAACAUCAAAGUUGCUCGACUAUGAAAGUAUGCGUCGAGAGUACGUGCUUCGGGUCCGGGCAUCCGACUGGGGAUUACCCUACCGGAGACAAACUGAAAUGCAGCUAGUAAUUAAACUGCGGGAUGUAAAUGACAAUAGACCACAGUUUGAGCGCAUCGAUUGCCUUGGAAGGAUACCACGCUACACGCCAAUCGGGACAGAGAUAUUCACAUUAUCAGCGCUUGAUUUUGACUACGGAAGUGUGGUGACAUACCGGUUACUGUCUGGAUUUGAGGAUGGUUGCUUCAAUCUGGACACAGUAACGGGUAUCAUUUCAGUGGGAUGCGAUCUAAACGAUGUGGGCAUGGAGCAUCGGGAGUUAAACGUUACCGCAACGGAUGGAACGCACUUCGCAGACACAGCACGUAUUCAAAUUAGUUUGGUGCGGAAUAGGAAAAACCUAGGUGCUAAUUUAAAAGCAGAAGAUGGUGCUACAUUUGAGUGUCGGGAAAUGGGCGUAGCUCAACGGUUGACUGAAAUUAUGGCCGCCGCAGAACGUAACAAUAUGCCCGGCCGGGAAGCAGGUGUUGGUGGUGCGGCAGAUGAUUUCGCCAUGAUGCCUAGCAGGUAUGGAGAGAACGUACAUGCACCCGAGUUUGUUGAUUUGCCGCUUGAGGUGAAGAUUAACGAAUCGGUCCCACUAGGAACAACUAUCACCUGGAUCAAGGCACGUGAUCGGGAUCUUGGCUACAAUGGCAAGCUCGUAUUCGGUAUAUCCGGAGGAGAUGAUGAUUCCGUAUUUCGGAUUGAUCCAGACAAUGGUGAGCUAAAGAUUAUCGGCUAUCUAGAUCGUGAACGACAGGACGAAUAUUUGCUCAAUAUUACAGUGUAUGAUCUAGGGAAACCACAAAAAUCGAUCUCUAAAAUUCUGCCAAUCACAAUAAUGGAUGAAAACGACAACGUACCUAGGUUCGAAAAGUCACUAGCAAGUUUUCGAAUAACAGAGAACGCAAUCAAUGGUACGAUCAUCUUUCGCGCGAAUGCAACCGAUGCUGAUCUCGGUCAGAAUGCAAAAAUAACGUAUAGUCUCGUGACGGACACAAAAGAUUUCCAAGUGGAUUCGGAAACUGGAAUGUUAAUCGUUGUUGCACCACUCGAUCGUGAACGUCAGGAGGUGUACGAGUUAAAGCUCCGCGCUAGCGACUGUGGUGGUGAUCAAAAUACACCAGCUUUGUACUCGGACGCACUCGUGCGCGUUACCGUAGAUGACAUAAACGAUAAUGCACCACAGUUUUCGGUGCAGGACCUAACCGUGCGCAUUCGGGAGGAUGUUCCACGUGGUACGUUGGUAACGGUAGUGUCCGCUGUUGAUCUUGACAGUGGAACGAACAGCGAAAUAGUGUAUAGUUUUGGUGAGAAUGGUGACGCUGAGGGUAUGUUCCGAAUUGACAAGCAAUCGGGAGCGAUACGGACGGCAAGGAUGCUUGACUUCGAGGAACGGCAGGUUCACAGUCUGAUCGUGAAAGCGAUCGAUCGCGGAACCCCAUCCUUAUCGUCAGAAACGUCCGUGAUAGUUGAGGUGAUAGAUAUAAACGAGAAUCGAUUCGCACCACAGUUUGAGGAUUACGUGCUGUUGGGUGCUAUCGCGGAGAACAAACCGCCCGGUGUGCACGUGAUGCAGGUGCUAGCGAAAGAUGCUGAUCUGCCCGGACCGGAUUCGCGUGUGACUUACUCGAUUAAAGGCGGUGAUGGACUCGGUAUUUUCACAAUCGAUAACGAAGGAAUAAUUCGUACCCUAGCAUCCCUAGAUCUAGAAACAAAGCCGAACUACUGGUUAACAGUAUGUGCACAGGACCAAGCUGUCGUUCCCAUGCAUUCCUGCACACAGGUGUACAUCGAAGUACAGAACGAGAACGAUAACGUGCCACUCACCGAGGAAGCCGUUUACUAUCCCUCGGUGCCAGAAAGCAGUCCACCGAACGUGAAGGUUCUGCAGCUGGUGGCUGUAGAUCGAGACGUUGAUUCAUUGCAGCAGAUAUCGUAUCGCAUUACGUCCGGCAAUCCGGAGGGUUACUUCACCAUCAACAACACCAAUGGACUAAUAACUACUACUGCUCGAAAGUUGGAUCGAGAAAAUCAGCCGGAACACAUACUUGAGGUCCUAGUGAUGGACAAUGGAGAUCCGCAGCUAUCGUCGACUACACGCGUAGUUGUACAGGUCGAGGAUGUUAACGACCAUGCCCCAGAGUUUGAUCAGAAAAUGUACAAAGUUCAGAUACCAGCGAAUGCCAAAAUCGAUCAGCCGCUGUUUCAGAAUGAUUAUGCUAGCAGUGGGUAUGCACCGCCUGAACUGGAACUCACCGAACCGAUGCUGUCUGAUCCGGAUAUUGAGCUGGACGACACGACGUGGGAAUCGUUUCCAGAGAAAAACUUCAACAACUUGCAAGUUGUUUUUCGGGUACUUGCGACCGAUCAAGACAUCGGUGAGAAUGGUCGUGUUACAUAUUCGAUCAAACCGGGCCGAGGGAAAGCUAAAAAAUUCCGUAUCGACCCGGACACCGGUGUUAUUUAUGCGGCUCGAACGUUCGAGGUGGACACUGAAUAUGAUCUUCUGGUACGGGCGGAAGAUCAUGGAGUGCCUAAGCGAUCACAGCAAGCCCGUGUAGUCGUUGCUGUUAUCGGUGUGCCGCUGCAGUCAGAAAAUUCACCAGUAGUGAAAACUGGUGAUCAGCACGUUGAGCUAACGGAGAGCGAUGUGCCCGGAUUUCUGGUAACACUGAUACAAGCAUCUGACGUGGAUGCAGAACAGCUGUGGUACGAUAUCGUUGGUGGUGAUGAACGGAACGAGUUUUAUAUUGGACGUGAUAAUGGUAACGUCCUGCUAGCAAAGUAUCUUGAUUGGGAGCGGCAGCGUGAGUAUAACAUCACGAUUAGCAUCUCUGAUGGGGUACACACGGUGUACACCCAACUCUAUGUGUCCGUGAUUGACAUUAACGAUCAUCGACCGGAGUUCACCGAGUCGGUGUACCGUGUAGAUAUCUCCGAGAAUAUCGAGGAAGGCAUGGAGGUUCUGCAACUACACGCCACCGAUGAAGAUGAGGAUAAGAAACUCUUCUACAGUCUGCAUGCCGCACGAGAUCCAGUUUCGUUGAAACUGUUCCGAGUUGACUCCGUCAGUGGUAGUAUUGUGAUGGCACAUCGCCUCGAUCGGGAGACGCUCGCUGAGCAUGUACUAAUUGUAAUAGUUAAAGAUCAAGGAACACCUGCCAAACGCAACUACGCUACCGUCAUCAUCACCGUGCACGAUCAUAAUGAUCAUGCACCAGAAUUUACUACUAAAAUCGUUCAGGGUAAGGUGUACGAAACAGCUGUGGUUGGCACACAAGUCGCACAGGUGUAUGCUAUUGAUCGUGACAUUGGAGAUAACGCACAGAUCACCUAUGCAAUUGUCAGCGGUAACAUUGGAAAUGUGUUCGGAAUUGAUCCAGAUAUGGGUGUGAUUAGCGUGGUAAAGCAACUCGACAUCAGCACACUUUCCGAGUACAUGUUGCAAGUGAAAGCAACUGAUGGUGGAAAACCGGCGCUUACCGCACAAAUACCAGUGCACAUCAUGAUCAGUAUGGCAGACAACGCACCACCACGCUUCAUAAUGAAUGAUCCGGCGUCAGAAAUUUACGAAAAUCUGCCUAUCGGGACGUUUGUGAUUCAUUUAGAAGCACGAAGUACCUCAUCGCUGCUCUUCCAAAUCAUCGAAGGAAAUUUGGGUGAUAUGUUCUUCAUUAAUCCUUCUACUGGUGUUAUCACAACGAAGGAUUUACUUGACUACGAACGUAACAAGUUCUACAAUCUGACUGUGCGAGCGACAAACAUGGCGUCUGCGUCAGCAACCUGUGCGGUGAUAAUAAAUGUGCUCGAUAAAAAUGACAAUGUGCCAUACUUUGAGCAACAAGUGUACCGUGGUGAAGUGUCCGAAGCUGCCCCGAUAGGAUCGUUGGUGUUAACGCUUUCAGAAUCCUUGGCGCAAAAUGUAAACGGUAGUGCGGGAAUAACAAUUAUGGGCUCGCACAAUCAUCUGGUGAACGCUUCCUUGCCCUUGGUGAUUAGGGCUAAAGACGAAGAUUCAGGACUGAAUGCACUGUUGCACUAUGAUAUCCUGGAUAUGCUUCCGCGAAGGUACUUCCAUAUCGAUUCAAGUACUGGUGCAAUCAAGACGAUUAUGUUUUUGGACCAUGAAAAGAUACCAUUCUUCAGUUUUCAUGUAAAGGUAACUGAUCUUGGAAAUCCACGUCUCACGUCUGAACUAACAGCGGAGGUUCGCAUCAACAUUACGGACGUUAACGAUUGUGCACCAACAUUCACUCAAAAUGAAUACAACGCAACGCUGCUGCUUCCAACGUAUGCCAACGUAGCCAUACUACAGGUCAACGCAGUCGACGAAGACAGCUCCGAGAAUUCCACUCUUCGCUACGACAUUAUCGAGGGUAAUCGAGACGGUGUGUUUACUAUUGAUGCUGCAACUGGUAUCAUCACAACGAGAGAUGUUGAAAGUGUUGGUACAUCUUAUCGGUUAGCUGUUCGUGUCUCAGACGGCAAGUUUACCAAAGUAACACAAGUAAACGUCAAUGUGGAAUCGUCAGAAAACUCGGGGCUCAUCUUCCAGCGACCAACAUACGAAGGUUCAAUCGUGGAGAACAGCACCAAAAUCAGUACCGUUGCCGUUGUAAACGUGCUUGGCUCCACUUUGAACGAACACAUCGAAUUUAGCAUCCUUAACCCAACGGAAAUGUUCCAGAUUGGACUAACUUCCGGUGCGAUUCAAACUACUGGUUGUAAGUUUGACCGGGAAGUGCGCGAUAACUAUGAGCUAAUUGUGGAGGCACGCUCACAGCAACCGGAUCGUGAAAAGCCACGGGUUGCGCACGUCAUAGUAAACAUCACAAUAUUGGAUAUUAACGACAACUGUCCGAUGUUUGUGAACUUGCCUUACUAUGCUGUUGUCUCAGUGGAUGACCCGCGGGGAUCGGUUAUCACGAAAGUGCACGCACUCGAUCUCGAUAGUUUCGAAAACGGCGAAGUUCGGUACGAAAUGAAGCGUGGUCAUGGGGAACUGUUCAAGGUGGACCGUAAAACCGGUGAGGUGACGCUCAAGCAGACACUCGAGGGACAUAAUCGCGACUACGAGCUUCUUAUAUCAGCGUACGACGGUGGAAUCACUCCCUGCUCGACUGAUGUUACUGUACACGUAAAGGUGAUAGAUAAAUCGAUGCCGGUAUUCAGCAAGCAAUUCUACUCCGACACAGUUGCGGAAAAUAUAGAGCUACACUCACCGCUGUCGGUUGCCAUCCAGGCGGAGAGUCCGCUAGGCCGGAAGCUGAUCUACAGCAUCGUAAAGGGCAACGAAAUGGAGGAGUUUACCGUCGAUUUCAACACAGCUCCGGACAGUACCAACGGGCCAUGUGCAAUUUACGUCGUGGACGAGCUAGACUACGAGCGGCGUCAGAGUUAUGAACUUUUAAUUAGAGCCACAGACAGCGUUUCUGGCGUGUCGGCUGAGGUACCUGUAUCAGUUCUAGUUCAGGACGUCAAUGACAGUCCACCGGAAAUCGAGCAGGACAGCUACAAUAUCACCGUAUCUGAACGGGCGCCCUUUGGAACGGCUAUCCUGAAGGUGCAAGCAAAGGAUAACGACACCGGUAUCAAUCAGGUAAUCAACUAUGCACUCCAGACGGAUUCCAAAAACACCUCCGAACACUUCCAUAUGGAUCCAAUUGACGGAGUAAUUUAUCUGAAGAAAUCACUCGACCACGAAACGCUUAGCCAUCAUCACUUUACCGUUGUCGCAUCGGACAAGGGUGUACCGAGUCUAAGUUCAACAGCACAUGUUUGGGUUUCAGUAAUGGAUAUGAACGAUAACCCACCGAAAUUUGAACAACCUUCCUAUUCGUGCGUUCUUUCCGAGCAUGCCUCCCGCGGUCAGUUUGUAACCGUAGUCACAGCUUCCGAUCCGGAUUACAUUGAUCAUGACCGACUAGUGUACACAAUUGCCCAAGGCAACGAGCUGCAGACGUACAGCAUCGAUCCGGUCAGCGGUAUCAUCCUGCUGGUCAACAUGCAGAAUUUCGCCGAGAAGCAUGUUUCUAUCUUGAACGUAUCAGUAACCGAUGGUGUAUACACGAGCUUCACACGUGUCAAAAUCACGAUUCUGCCGGCCAAUCUGCACAAUCCUGUGUUCGAGCACAUGUUCUACGAAACGAAAGUAGACGAGAAUCAGCUAGCCGGGCGGCUCGUGACGACGGUUAAGGCAACGGAUAAAGACUUUGGUGAGUAUGGUCGGGUGGCUUACUUUAUCAUAUCCGACGACAUGCAAGAGUAUUUCUCGAUCGACAAAGAGAAAGGUGAAAUACUGACGAAGAAAAAACUUGACCGGGAAGAACGCAUGAAUUACGAAGUUCCGAUAAUGGCAGUCGAUGCAGGUGCUCGUGCUGGAUUCAGUACGGUACGGAUUCGUGUUGGAGACGUAAACGACAAUCAGCCGGUGUUUCAGUAUCGGGAGUAUAAAACUCUUAUUCAAGGCAAUUUAACCAUUAACACGACGUUUUAUCGCGUAAGAGCAGUAGACGCCGACGAUAACCAAAAUGCUGUUGUGAAGUAUUCGAUCUUCGACUCGCAAAAUAGUGGAAUUAAGGAGCUGUUCGGAGUGGAUGAAAAUACGGGAGGACUGUAUUUGCAGAACAGUGCUGUUCAAUGGGAGAAUCAACUGUUCCAGUUUUUCAUACGUGCUCACGACGGUGGCACACCGACACUCUAUUCUGAUGUUCCAAUUGACAUUUACAUUAUGAGCUCUGCCGAAAAUCCCCCCCUAUUUGAGAAGAAAGAUCGCAAACUAUUCCUUUCGGAGAGUUCUCUUCCGGGCACUAUUAUCACGAGGAUACGCCUUUCCGGAAACGUAACAGCCAAGUAUCGCAUCCUGUCAGGCGAGCUAGAAGAGUCGCAAUUCUCGAUCAACGAUGCCGGUGAGCUGAGACUAGCGAAAACACUUGAUCGAGAAGUACGAGACUCACAUCUAAUCGCAAUUCUCGCCGAGACAGAUUCAAGCCCACCGCUGACGGCGGUCACAGAAAUUAUAUUGCACGUACAAGACGAGAAUGAUAAUAUACCGAUCUUUGACAGCAAUCCAUACUCGUUCACAGUCGCCGAGAACAUCGAAAAGGGUAGCUCGAUUAUGAAACUAACUGCGCGUGAUGCAGACACUGGCUCAAACGGUGAUAUUCGAUAUGCAUUAUCACCCGACGUUGGUGACAUUGUGAACAUCUUUGAUGUGGAUGCGUACACCGGUUGGAUAACGACAUUAAUUCCACUGGACAAGGAAAAAAGGGAGGACUACAAGUUCCAGGUACUUGCUACUGAUAAUGGACAACCGAAACACACUUCUCGGUCGACGGUGAUUAUUCGAUUGAAAGACUAUAACGACUGCCCGCCUGUAUUUAAAGAGAAUCACUACAAGGCUAGCGUUAGUGAGGAUGCCCUUCCCGGUACUGUGGUGUUACAGAUCGCUACCAGGGACAAAGACGUCGAUUUGAAAACAGCAGUUGAAUACUAUAUAAUUUCGGGUGAUUCGAUGUCACAGUUUCAAAUCAAAAAUAGCGGAGAGGUGUUCGUUGUGAAGGCACUCGAUCGUGAGAACAUCCCCGAGUACGAACUGAAGGUGAUAGUGACCGAUGGCAAGUACACAGCAACUGCUAACAUCUCGAUUACGGUUUUGGAUGCAAACGAUAAUCCACCGUAUUGCUUAAAAUAUCGCUACCGAGAACAGCUUAGUGAAGGUGACCGUCCUGGCACACACGUAUUGCAAGUGUUAGCCAAUGAUAUGGACGAAUCAGCCAAUAGUCGUCUACGUUUCUACCUCACUGGCAAUGGAGCAGAAGAUUUCAACCUGGACAAAGACACGGGACACCUAAAGACGUCAAGCAAACUAGAUCGGGAAAGCCAAUCACGGUACAGCCUAAUGGCGCACGUACAGGACCGUGAUCAUCCCGGAUGGGAAUGUUCAUCACAAAUCGAACUGACAAUAACCGAUCUGAAUGACAAUCCACCAGAAUUCUCCAUGAACCCGUACAGUGUAACAUUACCAGAAGACGCCGAAGUUGGCACACUUGUUACGAAGAUACACGCGACCGAUGCGGACAUUGGCAUUAAUCGAAAAAUAAAGUAUGCUUUUUUGGACUCCUAUCGCGAUCAUUUUCGCAUUGCACCAGAAUCCGGGAUUGUAACACUAGCGAAACCGCUUGAUCGUGAGCUGAAGGCUCUGUACAAUCUUUCCGUUAGUGCGAUCGAUCUCGGGGUUCCAUCACUUUCGAACGCGGCUGCACUCAUCAUAAACGUGCAAGACAUUAACGAUAAUCCGCCGGAGUUUACGUCAAAACACUACUUUGCUUCUGUUCCAGAAAUUAAUGCAAUAGGAUCUGAAAUUUUGAAGGUGCUAGCCACUUCCAAAGACACUGGCAUCAACGCGGAAAUAAGUUAUUCGAUUAUCGGUGGCAAUGAACAUCGGAAAUUUAUCAUAAAUAACAAGACCGGCAUACUAUCGCUUUCAGACACGCUUGACUAUGAGAGAGCAAGAGACUACUUCCUUACGAUCCAAGCAAUGGAUGGUGGGACUCCGCCACUUAGUAAUUUGGCCACGGUGAAUAUAUCGGUCACCGACAGUAACGACAAUCAUCCACAGUUUACGCAGAACUCGUACAACGCAAGGAUUCGUGAGGAUGCUCAGCGUGGCGAUCGUAUUUUGCAGGUGCGUGCCAAUGAUCUUGACUCGGAGGAAAACGGUCGGGUUAGCUACACGAUCGAGCGAGGUGAUCGUAUGGCGCAGUUUGCUAUAGAAGAAGACACUGGUUACAUUUCGGUUGUAGGAACAGUUGAUCGUGAAUCGAUAUCGAAUUAUGUGCUGGAGGUGCAGGCACGCGACCAUGGCGUGCCAACACUUACCGCUUACGUGCUGGUAAACAUUGAAAUUUCAGAUGCUAACGAUAAUCCACCAAUGUUUACACAGCCAAACUAUACUGCUGUCGUACAGGAGGAUAAACAGAUAGGUCACACGCUGUUGAAGUUCGAUGUAACGGACGCUGAUACGGCUCCAAAUGCAGCACCGUAUACCUUCGACUUUAGAUCAGGUAACGAAGGUGGAUCGUUCCGAAUCGAGCAGGACGGAAUUCUACGUACUGCCACACGAUUUAACAGUAAGAUUCGGGAUACUUAUCAACUUCAGGUCCGCGUGUUUGAUAAUGGUACUCCACCGCUUUACUCCGAUACCUAUGUGGUGGUGAAAGUGAUUGAAGAAUCACAGUAUCCUCCCGUGAUCACACCGCUCGACAUAAUGAUCAACUCUUUUAUGGACGAGUAUCCGGGUGGUGUAAUUGGUAAAGUAUAUGCAACAGAUCAAGAUCAAUACGAUACGCUCACGUACGGGCUUUCACCAACGAUUGGAGUAUUAUACUCGCCUACGAACCUUUUCAACAUCUCGAAAAAUGAUGGUGUGAUUUAUGCUUUUCCAAGGCUAGACGUUGGUGACUAUCGCGUCAACGUCACCGUCACCGAUGGAAAGUAUGCCUCCUUCACGAUCGUGAAGGUUUCGGUCGAGCUGAUCAACGAGGAGAUGCUAACGAAUGCGAUUGUGAUACGUUUCCUGAAGGUGUCACCGGAAGCGUUUGUGUUGAGUCAUCGGAAAGGCUUCAUCCGCUCGGUGCGGAACGCAAUCGGAUGUAAAAUCAAGGAUAUUAUCAUCAUUUCCGUACAAUCCCCAAACCAUGACCAUGAUCUCAAUCUGAUACAGCAUCGCGUCCGACGGGAACAGAUUAACGUAACAAGUUCGAUGGAACAUGGACUAAGAGAAAAACGUAGUGCUAGUCGUGAUCUUGACGUACUGUUCACUGUACGCAACAGCCAGACGGGUGGAUUUUAUGUUGCAGACGAAAUACGACGAGUAAUCAGCGAGAACUUGGAAGAGAUAGAGGAUGCAACGAAAUUACAGAUCGACGAGGUGGUCAAAUCGAAGUGCUUACCUAAUUUCUGCAUACAUGGCGAAUGUGAGGACAAGAUUGUGUUGGACACAAAGGUGAUACAUCCUGUAUCGACGGACGUGACUAGCUUUGUUUCGGCACGGCAUUCUCAUCGUAUGGAGUGUGUCUGUCGGGAGGGAUAUGGAGGUGACAAGUGUCAGCAUGCAGUUAACGAGUGUUCAAAAACACCCUGCCCACCUUAUAAAACGUGCAUUCCUGAUUCGUCUGACCAAGGAUAUCAUUGCACAUGCAGGGAAGGGUUCGCAGGACCGAAGUGUGACCGGGAUAUUACAAUGUGUAACGACGAGACGUGUUACGUACCGAGAAAUCCGGUAUCAUUCAGUGGGAAAAGCUAUGCACACUAUCGAAUCGAAAAAGAAAUAGCUAGAAAGAAUCUGGAAGAUCAACUAGCGCUGAGUUUACGGUUGAGAACGGUUCAACCGACCGGAAACAUUAUGUUCUCGGCUGGCAAGAUAGACUUUAACAUUCUGGAGAUCAUGAACGGAAUGGUCCAGUAUCGUUUCGACCUUGGUUCCGGCGAGGGUCUUGUGUGUGUGUCAAGUAUUUUCGUUUCUGAUGGUUUAUGGCACGACGUGCGUCUGGAACGGGAAGGAAAUAGUGCCAAACUGUAUGUAGAUGGCAAACACGUAGCACAAGGUAACGCACCGGGGGUAAACGCUGUUUUAAAUCUUCAAACAGAUGAUAUCUUCUUCGGCGCAGAAGUAAAGCAACAUCCAACAGUACUUGGUUUCCAGGAUGUGCAACGAGGUUUCUUCGGUUGUAUGGAUGAUAUUCGGCUAUCAAAGAUACCGGUUCCAUUGCACAUGAAAGGAGCCAGUUCGGUCGCCAGUUUGCGUCAAUUUGCAAACGUUGAGUUCAGUUGUGAUGCGGCAUCCGUGCUUCAACCACUUGGUGUUUGUGGUACGCAGCCGUGCUUCAACGGUGGCUCUUGUAAAGACAUAGGCGGUGGUAAUUAUGAAUGUUUGUGUCACUCGCGCUUUUCUGGACCGUACUGUAAGGAAGAUCUAAAUCCUUGUGCUUCAUCUCCUUGCCUGUACGGUGGGAAAUGUUCUAAAAUAGGGUUCGGUAACUAUACUUGUGACUGCCCAGCUCGUAUGUCGGGUAAGCGAUGUGAUUAUGGCAGGUUCUGUACUCCGAAUCCGUGUCGUAAUGGAGGCGUUUGUGAAGAGGGUGAUGACGGACCACUCUGUAUGUGCCACGGUUAUAGUGGUACUUUCUGCGAAACUGAUAUCGAUGAAUGUGAACGGCAACCCUGCGGAAAUGGGGCCACAUGUAUUAACGAAUCUGGCAGUUUCCGGUGUAUAUGUCCGCCAGAGAUGACUGGUGCGAGUUGCGGUGAUCCACUCAACUCAAAUGCACUCACCAUCGCGCUUAAGAGAGUGACAUCGGAGGCGUUCUUCGUCGCGGUUGGUGUAAUCGGAAUAGUGUUGUUGGGCGUAGUGGUUUGGGGUGUAGCAUGUGUGUGUCGCAAGAAACGGCGGUCUAGCCGUCAUGAGAAGAUAAACAAUGAAGCCAAUGCAGGCAUCGUGUUGAACCCAGUAUCAGACACAUCUGGCUACAAACGUGGAUCAAAAAUGAGUAACCUAGAGAUACAGCGUGAUCAACGACCAGUUUCAUACACACCGAGUAGUAAUAAUGCGGCAGAUCAAUUCUAUUGCAAUGCGAUGCUUCAGUACAACAAUUUGGACACUCUGCGUAGCUACGGAUCGGCGGGUGAUGAGCUCGAAAACGUACCUCCGGAAUAUCGGAAAGGUACAGUCUCCUGCACCCAGCAAAUGGUAAACUUGAAUAGUGGUGGAGCAAAUGCCAACUCUUCUGAUACUGAGUCCCUACACAAACAAAAGUGGACCGAACAGAUCCAGCUACAAACAUUCACGGACAAAAUCAAUAAUGAUCUUAAACGGCUUGCUCUAGGUAGUUCGCCCGAUCCGUUCCUGCAACAGCAGCAGCAGCAGCAUCAACCACAACUUCAACAGCAGCCACAUAUUGGCGCUCAUCUUCGUGUGUCGCCAAUGCAACUAAAACCUGCUCAAAUAGGCGUACUCCCAGGACGACUACUACACACGCAAAACUCACCCACGAUGCUAAUGCCACCACAUAGUUUCGAGGACAAUCCGUCACAUCACGGUAGCACGGCCGCCUACCAUUGGGACUGUUCUGAUUGGGUUGGUCGGGGCCAUCAUCCCUUACCCAACAUCACGGAAGUACCUGGCAGUGAAGUGCCGGACUCGUCCAGCUUCCACAGCAAUGAAAGCAAUGAAUCGCACCCGAAAACGAGUUUACUUCCACCGAUUCUAGGCCCAAUUGAUUCGACGCGCGACAUCGAAACGUUGAACGAAGAUAAUGAGUCGGAGUAUGUGAACGACUCGGAAUGCGAUCAGAGUGAGCAGCCGCUUUCGUUAGGUUUCGAGCAGAACUCCUCCAUAUCCUGCUUGAAUCCUCUCGACAGUGGCAGCGAAGAUUAUAGAUUUAACACAGUGCCUUUAAAAGUUAAAACACCUGAUAGUUAUCUGCGUCAUCCGAACAGUUACUUGCCGAAGUAUAGUAUACAGAGCGAAACGGAAGGCGAAAAUGUGCCACUGACGGGUAGAAAGUCGUUGAACGGGCUCGAAAUUGGCCGGCAUCAGCUGGUCGAGUCGGACGACGAUGACGUCGAGUCGUACGGAUUCCCUCAAACGCGCCGGAACCGUCGCGAACCCAGUGAUAUCGAUUUAGUUUUAAAAACUGACGAAGGUAGCUCUCUACUAAGCCAUUCCCGCACACAUGACAGCUCGAACCACUCGAAUAGUGAUCUUUCCACGCAGCUGUGCGAGAUCGAUGACUCCGAGUAUGAAGAGGGCCAUAACCAGUCUAUUCACGACCAACAUCACCAUCGUCCAUAUCAUCAUCAACAGUUUCAGCCUGCAUCCCUGCCAACCUCAUCCGCCAAUGAAUCCGGUUCCUUCAACGGUAGUGUUGAUUCAUCUUCCGUAACCAACACUACCAGAAUCGGUGUCACAGCCAAACCGAAGCAACAAAAGGUAAAGUGGAGCAACGUUGUACAGCAGACAGAAGUUUGACAGCGGCAGCUAAUCGACAGCAACAGUAUACACGAACAGAUGGCGUUAACAGAUAAGACUUAUUUUAAUAUUUCUACUUUUGUCACUUUUACGUUUAACGACGCCACGCUAUAUAGCGCUUACAAUUUAGUAUUCCACCCAAUAUCACAAUCGGUACGAUUCUUAUUACCAUUGCUGGAGCAAAGGCAGUCGGUGCAAUUAAUGCUCCGAAAGUCACCACCAUUCAAGCGCUAUUAUUUCUUGUUAGUGGGAUAAUUUGUUUUAAUUUUAACUUUGAAGUGUAGCCAAUUUCGAUAGGUUAUGAUGAAUGGAGCAUCGCUUUUGUAGUCCUGUUAGUUUUGAUAACAAUUAUGAGGUGCCACAUUGUUUUAUGCUUAUUUGUCCCUAGGUAUAAUCUCAAUAUUUAAAGUUUUAUUUUUGUUCGUUCUCUAUAUACAGCAGGGUCCAGUUUUAAAAGUGGUCUGUUAAGCUUACGACAGCUUGUCUAACCGAGUUUCUGUAAUCAAACUCUUCUUUAUUAUUUAAACCCAUCUUAGUGAUCGAUACGUUGCGCUAACAUUCCGUAAUGGAACAAAGUAGAACAGAAAAGAUUUAUGUCAACCAAUUAAUGCGAUAAAGAACUGAACGAUAUUCCAUAUCUUAGUUUUGUACUAGAUUUGGGCAAAAUUAACAAAAAAAACCGGAGCUGGUUCCGGAUGCCUCUGAAAAUUUCGGAACCGGUCGAAAUCGUCCGGAACUGUCGGAAUCAUCCCGAACCUUAUUAACUGUUCUUCGUUUUUUCCGUGCAAUAAUGGACAGCAGCACGAAAAAAUUGGCAUGAGCCGACUACAAUUCCGUUGAAUUACGUCGAUCCGACGGUGACGAUUCCGAUGGUUGCGGAUGGUUCCGGACGAUUCCCGGUUCCAGGCGGUUUCAAGCGGAACUUGCGAUUCUUUUUCUCCGGAGUCGGAACCGGAAUGACACUAGCCGGAAGCAGAUCGGAGAGUGGGUGCGCUCCGUAGAACCCAUCACUGUUUUGUACACACAACAACCUUUUAUUUUCGGUUGUGGCCAUUCUACAAAAUUAUACAUAUCUUUUUAUCACAUAGAAUUCGACGUGAUGAGCGCAGAAUAUGCAGAGCGAAAAUAAUCCUAUAAAUAAUGUGUGAACAUAAUAUCCAUAAUCAUCCAAAGGGACAAGUAACAGACGAUUCCAAACCAAUCCGAUUACACAUACGCGCACACACACACAAACCUUCCAUUAGAAGAUUCAACAGUAAUUACCAGUUCAGUAUUUGCUUUGCAUUUUCCGUCGUACUUUUAAUUCAACGCAAUAUUUGUAAAGGGUUUUAUUUGUUCUUUUGCUAGAAAAAAUCUCAUGGAUGGAUUUCUUGUUUAAAUGCAGAGCUUAUCGGAGGUAUGUCACCUAACGUGGUACGAUACAUCCCUUAAGUAAAGCAACUUCAGUUAACGCCAUCUUUUCUUCCAAAAUGUUUUGUUCAUCUUUAUAAUGCUAUCACUUGUUAUUAAAUGUUCAAUUUAUGUUUUUACAGUGAAUUCCAAUGUCGUAACUAAUUAUUCCACACUAUUAAAAUGAACGGUAAAAUUCACCGCAAUAGAUUCAACGUUUCCAAUAGGUUAAAAAUAGGCAUUUUUUAAAUGGAAUCUACUUCAAAGGAUUUUUUUAUUAUUUCUUUUAUUAUUUUUUUUGUUUUGAGUUGGCUGAUCUAAACAUACUUGCCUUUUAUUUAUAGUGGACUUUAAUUUUUGGAAUAGGAAUGAUUUCAUUACCUUACCUAGACCUCGUGAACGAAAAAAAAAUCACGUUUAUGUAUUAAGAUAACACAUAACCCCACAAUUCAUCAUAGUCUAAAUUUAGAAUGUAUACUGUAAUGAGGAGAUGUUAAACAACAUUCUAGUAAGAUGAAGAAAAAGAGAAAAUGUUGUUAAAGAAAAAGUAACACUUAGCAUGCUUAGCAUUCCAAAUAUUGGAAACAUUAACAGAAACUAAUUAAACAAUCGAAUCGUAUCAUAAAUAGAAAUGAUUGUAAAUAGACGGGGAUUGUGAAAUCCUAGCGCUAUUGUAAAUGAAAUGCAAAUCCUUUUUUUACAUUCGGGAACAAAUCGAAACAUACAAUCGAAAACAUGGAAACACAAAAGUUAUAUGAAACGUAAAUCUAAAACUCUCCGAUUUCCCCUUUACCUUCUGUAGGCUGGAAAACAAACAAAUAUAUCAAAAGUAUUAAGAAAACAGAUACAGAAAGAAAUAAAACAUGAAAUGAAAACAAAAUAAAAGAGAAAUGGAAUAAUUCCAUGGAAUGGAAAAGAUGACUAAACAAACAUAUUUUACAAAAAGAGAUAAACAAUAAGCAGUAGAACACGAGAUUAGGCAUAAUUCAACGUAAUGCAAAAAUUGUGAAUUUUUAACCCCCCCCCCCCCCCCCUUUUUUAUUGUAACAAAACGUAACGCUGGAGGAAUCCCCCUAUAUUAUUGAUGUAAUAGUUCGGCGAUCCCCUCCCCUCCUUUAUUAUUUACGUAACAGUUUGGCGAUCCUCUUCCCCCUUCCCUCCCUUUCCCUCCUGUAUCAAGAAAAUUUUGCUGUAUUUCUAUGCAUCUAAAAUAAAUAAUUUUGAAACUAAAA